AGAGUUAUAUAAUUUUUCCUUGCUAUAAAUGUUAUCAAGAAUCAUUCUGUUGUGUUUGCCUUGUACUAGUUGGAGAUUAGAAUCUUUGAGUUUAGUUGAAGUAUUGGCAAUUUUAUAUCUUUGGGUAUACUCUUUGUUCAAUAAUCAAAUCCAUCAACACAACUCAUCCUUUGCUUUAACCAAUUUUGAAUUUAAAAACUCUCACAAGCAUUUGUAUCCAACUAAUCCUCUUUCCUUUCUUCUUAAGCAAGCUGCAUACUGCAGAAAGAACUGUAUAUAUGUCUUACGUUAGUACUUCAUUUUGCAUUCUAUGUCAGUAGGUCCAUAGAGCCCUGCAUAGUAAUGUCCUUAAUUAUAAAGGUAACAGUUCUGUUUUUCUUGCUUUUCAAUGGCUAUUUCACCUUUGCUUCUGACCCUGAUCCUCUCAGAGACUUCUGCAUACUUAAUACAGAUUCUGAAACUCAUAGUUCCUGCAAGAACUCAUCAGCUGCCACAGUAGAAGAUUUUGUAGUUUCUGGGAUCAAAAAAUCUACUGGAAAAUUCGACGAAACAGGGCUAUCUUCCAUUCCAGUAAAUGUGAAUGUGUUUCCUGGUCUGAACACAUUAGGCAUGUCACUAGUAAGAGCUGAUUUUGAUGUUGGAGGCGUCAAUGUGCCUCAUUUCCAUCCAAGAGCAACUGAGGUCGCAUUUGUUCUAGAGGGGAAAAUAUAUUCAGGAUUUGUCGAUACGCAGAAUCGAAUUUUUGCUAAGGUGAUUGAAAAAGGUGAGGUAAUGGUAUUCCCUAGAGGUCUAGUGCAUUUCCAAAUGAACAUUGGAGAUAAACCAGCAACUAUAUUGGGUAGUUUUAAUAGCCAAAAUCCUGGAUUGCAAAGAAUCCCAGUGGCUGUAUUUGGCUCAGGAAUUAAAGAAGAGCUUCUGGAGAAAGCUUUUGGAUUGAGUUCCAAAGAGAUUGCCAAGCUCACGAAAAGGUUUGCUCCGCACGAGUAGAACUAGAAUGGCUGAAGGGUAUGUGUCAAUUUUUCCAUGAAUGCAAAAGACUAAUAAUGAUCCUCAAUCCUGAUAGAACCUUGGUAAGCUAGAACUCUGUGAAUUGAUAUAUAUAUAUAUAUAUAUAUAU